UCGACCCUCUGCUGUACAAAUACUGAACCCAGCUGGACCCAGGAGGAGAAAGAGAGGAACAGAGGAGAAUACACGCGAUGUCCGACCCCAGCAAUUUCAUUGUCGACGUGGACCUGAGAAGUCAUGAAAACAACUUGGCUCACCGCACCAGGGAGAUCGAUCGGGAGCGCUUGAUUGUCCGCAGAGGGCAGCCCUUCUCCAUAACCGUGCAGUGCUCCGACUCUCUGCCCCCCAAACACCAGCUGGAGCUCGUCCUGCACCUGGGUAAAAGAGACGAAGUGGUGGUUAAGGUUCAAAAGCAGCGGGGGGUCGGAGACAGCUGGUGGUUCAGCCAGCAGGAGGCUCAGGGGGAAAUAUUGCUGACGCUGCAGAGCCCAGCAGACGCCGUCAUUGGACAGUACCGUCUGGUCGUGCUGCUGAUGUCACCGGAUGGACGCAUCGUGGAGACAGUGGACGAAGUCAGCUUCCAUGUGCUGUUUAACCCUUGGUGCAAAGAUGACGUUGUGUACCUGCCUGAUGAGAGACUGCUUCAGGAAUACAUCAUGAACGAAGACGGAGUCAUAUUCAUGGACACCUGGGAUUACAUCAAAAGCAUUCCCUGGAGUUACGGACAGUUUGAGGACUUUGUGAUGGACAUUUGUUUUGAAGUCCUGGAUAAUUCCAAGGAGGCUCUGCACAACUCCAAGAUGGACAUUGAGAGCAGAUCUGAUCCGAUCUACGUCAGCAGGAUGGUCACCGCAAUGGUGAAUGCCAAUGGUGACAGGGGCGUGCUGAUUGGGCGCUGGAGGGCACCGUACCUUGAUGGAGUCGCACCAAAUCGAUGGACGGGCAGCGUGCCCAUCCUCAGGCAGUGGAGCAAAUCUGGCAUCAGAGCAGUCAAAUACGGACAGUGUUGGGUGUUUGCAGGUGUCGCAUGUACAGUUCUUCGCUGUCUGGGAAUCCCAACGCGACUCAUAACCAACUUCUGCUCAGCUCAUGAUGUGGAUGGGAAUCUGUCCUUGGACUUUGUGGUGGACUUUGAGAGCAGAGAGGAAAAGACAGACAGCAAAUGGAACUUCCACUGUUGGGUCGAGUCCUGGAUGAGGAGAGACGAUCUCCCUAAAGGAAAUGAUGGCUGGCAGGUUUUGGACCCCACACCUCAAGAACUGAGCGAUGGGGAGUUUUGCUGCGGCCCGUGUCCAGUGGCGGCUAUCAAGGAGGGAAAUCUGGGAGUGAAGUACGAUGCUCCGUUUGUUUUUGCCGAGGUGAACGCUGACAUCGUUUACUGGAAUGUCCUACCAGACGGCCAGAGGCAACAGAUCAGCACGGACCAGAGAAACGUGGGAAGGAACAUCAGCACCAAAAGCGUUUAUGGCGACUUCAGAGAAGACAUCACUCUGCUCUACAAAUACCCUGAGGGCUCUGUGGAAGAGAGAGAGGUUUAUAAGAAGGCAAAGCGCAGGGCCACCUUGCAGCCCAAUGAGAGCGUAGAGCCGGCACAGCUCAGCCUGUCCAUCAAACAUCCUAACCCCGUGUUUGGAACAGACUUUGACGUGAUUGUUGAGGUGAAGAAUGAAGGAGGAGAUGAUGCUAACGUUCAUCUGACGGUGCACGCUAUGGCUGUCACUUACAACUCUCUCCACCAGGGGGAGUGCCAGAGGCAGAUGAACAACGUGACUGUGUCGGCUCAGAACGCUCAUAAAGAAGUGCUGCGUUUCCGCUACGACGACUACGCCAAGUGUGUCUCUGACCAUCACCUGAUCAGGGUGAAAGCACUGGCUGAAGCUCAGGGGAACAGUUUGCCCAUCAUGGCUGUGGCGGACAUCCCACUGAGCUUACCUGAGCUCCACAUUCAGGUUCUUGGGAAGGCUUUUGUUUGGGAACAGCUGACGGCCUCUAUCUCCUUCACCAAUCCGCUGCCAGUCCCUCUGACUGGUGGUGUGUUCACCCUGGAGGGGGCUGGCCUGCUGUCUGACACUCACAUCUACGUCGAUGGUGUCAUUUCUCCAGGCCAGAAGGUGUCGGUGAAAAUCGCCUUCACCCCGAUGAGAACCGGGGUCAGGAAGCUGCUGGUGGACUUCGACUCUGACAGGCUGAAGGACGUCAAGGGAGUCAUCUCUGUGGUUGUUAGAAAGAAAUACAGGAAUACCUUGCCUGUUUUGAGUGGAAGGUUUUAGGAAAUACGUCUAAUAUAGGGAGACCUAUAAAGACUUUACCAUCCAACAUUUAAUGCUUACACCUGGUUUGUAUUCAGUUGAACCCAGGAUAUAAAAGUUAUCUGUAAUGGGCCAUGAAAUAUAUAUUCUUAUAAUAUAUAUAGACUUUGAAAAUUCAAUAUGGCUGAUGUGCUUUUAUUCACAAAAGGUGUUGCAGUAAAAACUGUUGUAUGCACUUUACAUGGUUUUUAUCCCCUUAUAUCAGUCAUGCGCCUAGAACUAUAUGAUCUGUACCUGUGAAUGUAUUCAUUUAGUGUUUGGAUACAAUAAAUGUAGAGAAAUGUUU